AUUCACUUGUGCGUGCAGUGCAGUACGAUCGACAGUCGGAUAAAGGUCUCUGCAUGGAUGAUCUUCCAUGGUCUCACGAAACGCACCGCCCUUAGCACAGUAUGUCGAGGAGAAUGAAUGUCCUACUGCCUUGUUCGCUCAGAACUAGGCGAACAUGACACACGGAGGCAUCACACCGACACAUCAAUGAAUACACCGACACACGUGUCUCUCCAGCCAGAUAGCCAUAAAUAUCAUCUCUCGUCCGUGAGGGUCAGUGGCGGGAACAAUGAUCGCAGGAGGGCCGGGGUGAGCGUGGCGAAGCCGUCGAAGAGAUGGUUUCGGUAGGUGUAGGCAGGGCCCGACCCAGCAGACAGCAGACGGGCGUGCUGGCUAUCGCCCUCGAGCUCGUGCAGCCGCAGAUGAGCCAGCCGGGCAGCUGCGCUCAUGUACGCUAAACCUGCAGUCAGCAACACAACAGGAACACGAGCAUAGGUGCAGUGCACGUGUGUGAACAAGUGACUGAGUGAGCUACCCGCCACGGCUGAAGUGAAGUACUGCGGGAAGGUCUCCUCUGGGCAUGACUUCUCGGCCGCAGCAAAGGAUGCCUGCAGCGUGGCCACGAGACACCCCGACCCGGUCAUGUUGCCCACGAACGGAUCGCUGUAACUCAGCUGAAUGAAUAUGAAUGGAACCAACCAACCAGCCAUAGAGCGCACAUGAAUGACCACACAGGUAUGGAAUAGAAAGCCAGUCGAUCCCUCCAUCCCCUCUCACCUCUGCGCUGAGUUUGGGGUCGCCCACAAUGACGUCCCUCUUGCCCGACAUGCACGCGACAGCUCCACUGGCGCCAGUGAGGCCCCUCAAAAUGGACAGCGGGUCGUCAACAUCUCCUGCACAAACACACGCACCAUGUGUCUGUCCUGAAGACCAGGUCCGGUCGUACCUAUUGAGUCAACGCCCCUCACUUGCGCGCCGCCCUGGGCGUCCAGUUUGGGCAUCGCAUUGAGGGCCUUGGCGAGGGCUGUCAUCUCACCGCCGUUGCCCUUGACAAUGCGGACCCCGCCAUCCUCCAAGAGAGCCUGAACAGAGAGAGGGACAGGACGGCUGCACAUUAUGCAGGGUGUCCGCCUCCGUGUGUGAUCGUCAUUGACCCACCUUGAAUGUGUCUGUACGUAUGGUGGUGGCGCCGCACCCAACAGGGUCGAGCACAACGGGCGAGCCGGUCUUUUCUCGCGCCGUCCUCAGCGCAAUCCUGGCCGCUUCUGUCACUCACAAACACAAACACGCACCACAUGGCCAUGGCAUGGCCUCCUCAGGCCUACCGCUCCUCACCUCUCCAUUGAUGGUCCAGUGUGCCGCCGUUCAGCACCACAGCGGACGAGAAGGCCCCCAGCUGCUCGGUCUCCUCACUUUCGAGUGACAUGAUCGGCGACGCGCCGACGAAGAGCGUGGCGUUGGCCGUCUGGGUGGUCACCACAUCGUUGGUCAGAUGGUGCACCAGGAACGGACCGCACUCAGCUGAGUGGCGCAGGUGGUCCAGCAGGCGAUGGACACCCGCAUAAAGCGCUGCCACGCUCUGCAGCCACAGGCAGACAGACAUGACUGACAUGCCCGCACACAGACGGAGAGGCACGAUCCAUACCUCACCUUGCCGUGUCUGCACGUGUCAACGGCCAAUCGAUACGCCUCGGCGACUUCACGGACGUUGGAAACGUCCUCGCCCAGCAGACCUGACACGCAUAAAGGCCACCGACAUGUCCCACUCGCUCUCCUUCUGCGUAACUCGGUGAGUCUGUCAGCUGUUCUCACCUGACACGGCGCACACGCCAUUUGGUUUGGCCUUGGAAUAGACCGUUGGAACAUUGGCAGGAACGAUGCCACCUGACAAACAGACAACGAACAGCAACAGCAGGAUGCAUCCACCCACCCACCACCGUCCACAGCUGUGCCCCGGCCUACCUAUAGCCAGCAGUGGUGGCACGGAUGGCAGCCGCAAGUCGGCAGCCGCGGCAGCCACAUGGCGCUCCACGGCGGCCAGCCCCUCCGGCCCUAUCGGCUGCACCUGCUUGGUGCUCGUCGCAAAAAUGGCGUUUGGCGCCACAUAGUCCGCCCUCGCAUCCUCCUUCAGCGCCUCCCACACGCUCUCGGGCCGCUUCACGUCCACAGUGACACCCAGUAUCCUCUCUGGGCCGAUGAUUGACCGCACGGCGCUAGGCGGCAUGUCGUCCUGGCCCACGUGUACGCCAUCUGCAUCGAGGGCCACGGCGAUGUCUGCACGGUUGUUGACGAUCAGAGGCACGCCGUAUCGCUGCAGGAUGGGUUUGAGCCUCCUGCCGAGGUCGAGAAACUCGUGAUCAGAGGCCUUCUUGAGCCGCAGCUGGACGCACGUGACACCACCGCGGAUGGCCUCGGUGAUGCGUCGCUCGAUUGAUGAGCCGCCGGUGACGAAUGCAUCGUCAGUCACGAGAUACACACCGUAAUCGACGAGGCGACGCAAGCGACGGAACAUUGGUCGGUUAUUGGGGAGAUCUCUUGAUGAUUGUCGUGUGAGUCGCCUCCAAAUGCACGAAGGGCGCAAGAAGAAGGCGCACGCGUCAAGAUGAGGCUGACCUUCAGCAACAUCGGUUUCACGUGACACCCUAGGCGAGCUUCGCCUCCGAUCUUUUCCCUCGUUC